AUGGGGCCUUUUCUUCAGCUGUCCCCAGAGUUCUUCUACUUAUUAUAUGCCUGGAGCCCGCAGUGCCUGCCUCUGAGACCGGUUCUGGGAGGGAAGGAACGAGAUGGUGCUGGCAGCCUGCUGGGCGUGAAGCCUGGCAGGCAGAAAGCCCUCCAUGAACAGCACUUCGUAUCCAUCCGUUCAUCACGCAACAGGUGCUCUGGGCUCCGAUACCUGCAGAAUGUGGCGGGAAUCCUCUGCUCCUGCUGUCUCGAGGGCGCCCCAGUGGUUGUGGCAGAGCCCCAGUCUGGCCUCCCCGAGCCACACAGCGCCGGCUGUCUGCGUCACACGUGGAGGUGCAUGUGUUUCCCGGCCGCUCUCUCCCCUUGUCCCGUCCCCACCUGGGGCCGGAAGUCUGCGCUCUACGCCUGCAUCUCCACUGCUGCGCUGCCACCAGAGCUUCUUAUCCGGUACCCUGUUGUCAUCAGGGUGAGGGUUCGAUCCGUCCCGGAAGCCUUUGUGAGGGCGGGCACCUGGAAUGGAGUGGGUGCCAUAGCGGUAUCUGCCCACGCCGAGGCCAGACUGGAAACGACACAGAUGUUCCUCAACAGACGAGCCAACAUCAUCGAGAAAAGGAUGGCCAAGGAAGACCUCCUGAAGAGGUCAUAUCUGAGUGGAAAGCAGGAUGGAGUGGGGAGGAAGGCCUAUGUCCCAGAAAGGGCAUUCCAGGUGACGGGGACAGCAAGCGUGAGGAGCCUGGAGCUGGCUCUACCUCUUAUUCUAGAGGAAGAGCAAGAAGGCCCGUGUGGCGGGAACGUGGCGAUCGGGGCGGAGAGCUGUACGAAGUCACGUGGGAGAGGCAGGCAGAGGCCAGUUCAUCAGGGCCUGGGAAGGCGGAGCACGGAAUUACG